UCUAAUUUUUAUCACAAACUAACAACACUACGUGUCAUUCGCCGGAUUUCCAGGGAUUUUUAUUAGCCGAAGCUGAUUUAGCGACCUAACGAUGCACACGGUGCUAACACGAGGAAACGCCACGGUGGCGUACACCCUAAGCGUCCUAGCUUGCCUCACUUUCAGCUGCUUUCUGUCUACCGUUUUCCUGGACUACUCAACCGAGGCGAACAUCAAUACCGUCCGAGUGCUGGUGAAGAAUGUGCCGGACUACGGAGCCUCUCGGGAGAAACACGACCUGGGCUACGUGACCUUUGACCUACAGACGAACCUCACCGGCAUCUUUAACUGGAAUGUGAAGCAGCUGUUCCUCUACCUGACCGCCGAGUACCAGACUCCGGCCAACCAGCUCAACCAGGUGGUCCUCUGGGAUAAGAUCAUUCUGCGCGGCGAGAACGCUGUGCUGGACUUUAAGAAUCUGAACACCAAGUACUACUUUUGGGACGAUGGCAACGGACUGAAGGACAACAGGAACGUGUCACUCUACCUCUCGUGGAACAUCAUUCCCAACGCCGGACUUCUGCCUUCCGUUGAGGCCACCGGAAAGCAUGUCUUCAAGUUCCCGGCCGACUACGCCACCUCGUCCAUUUAGAGCUAGGGCUUAUGAUAAUUUGUAGCUGGUUCAGCUUGUAGUGUGUAUUUAAUAAAACCCAAAAUAAAAUCUCUGUAAAGAUUUCGGACUGAAUCCGGUUGAGUUCCCUGCAUUCAGAAGGAUGCGGGAAAAACUCUUAACAAA